GCGCGCAGUAAAUUUUGAAGGUCGUGCAGCUAUCGUUUAUGCGCACCGAGUUCUUUCUGCGGGAUUUAUCAUUCUUUUUUAAAGAUAAUCUGGGAAGUUAAUCGUGUUAAAUCGUGACUCAGUAUGAGCAAUAAUAUUUAAUAAUAAUCAUAAUAAUAAUAAUAAUAAUAAUAAUAAACGUUGUCUUUCUAGUCCUCGUUUGGGACAGGGGUUUCUAUCCAACAUGGCUGAGAAGGAAGAGUUCACGGAUAUCAGUGGAAAGACGAUUAAAUUAUCCUGCCAGAAUUAUUCUCCUUUCUGCAGGGAGUUCACCAUCAGCUCUGCUAAGCUGUCUCUCGGCAGGGUGAUGGCGUUCACCUGUACCGUGUGGCUGCUCGCUUAUACUGCCUUUUAUCUGACACAGAACACGGCGGUUCUGUCCGGCGCCAUCUUCGUGACUUUGUCAGGAAUGCUGCUGCACAUUCACUUCGUAAAGGUAGACCACGAGACGCUGCUGGUCGUCGGUUCGCUCGGCGUCCAGCUGUCCGCCGCGUACGCCUCGGGCCGGGAGAGCACCACCUUCAUCGAGAUGAGCAGGAUCAAAGACAUCGUCAUCAACGAGGCCAUCCACAUGCAAACCGUCAUCUACUACCUGUGCAUUUUGCUCAAGGAUCCUGCCGAGCCCGACGGAGUCAGCAGUGUUGUCCCGCUCUUCCAGAGCUCUAAGCCGAGGCUGAACUGCCUGGUGCGGGUGUACAGCAGCUGUCAGGAGAUAAUCGGACAGACGUGACGACGACGCUGACGGACGAGCUGGAGCGCUGCAUCUGACACUUCGAGACAUCAGACUUCGGGGAAGCGGAUGUUCGUACGAUCACACAGCAUUUGUCUUGGCGCACAUACUGUGUGUACAGACACAUGAAGUGUGUGUUCUUCCAGUCUGACCGGCUCCUUCACCUGGGCUGUGUGAGAAGGGGAAAAAGGCUUGUUCAGCCGGUCAGGUGAGCAGAGACUGUUUAGAAACACUCUUUAAUACUAACCAGUGCGCGCGCACACACACACACACACACACACACACACACACGCACAUCCCUCAAGGUUAUUAAAGUGCAAUCUCAUCUCACAUGGGCUGGAAUAAUAAAUAUAAGGCCGUGAGAGCCGUGGAGAGAAAACGUGAGAGUUACUGGAAAAUCAGAUUUGUUUUGUGAACGCAUGACUUCCCAUAACAAUAACACCAACAUCAGCAACAAUGACAUAUUUAUUUAUUUUUUUAUUUCCACAAGUGAAAUUCGGGUUUCAUUUACUAUUAAUCGUUUUUUCCCUCGCCGACUCUUUUUUUUUUUCUUUCCCCCAGACAGAACUAUUUCUAACAUGAGUGAAAACAGUAGAACUCUUGAUUUAUUUACUUUCUAAUGAGUUCCUUUUGGUCCUUGAUUGCUCCAUUUAUCUGGAUUUCACCAGCGUAAUUAUAUAAAUAUAUAUAAAGUCUUUUUUUUUUUUUUUUAAGAAAGCAGAUGACAAUGCAGAUGCUGCAGGUUUGUUUUCUUGUUUUGUUUUUUUUUUUGUUUUUUUUUUUUAAAAAUCCAGACAUUCUUCACUGUGGUUUUAAAUAGGUAGCAUGUGACGAGAUGUUAAUGACUCUCAGUAGCUUGCAGGCUCAGGACUUCUCGGAAAACUAAACUGGAAGACGUGCUCCUUGUGAAACAAACAAACACACAAAAAAAAACACAGGAUAUUUUAAUUCUUCCUGGAUUCGAAUUGGUCCUGAUCUUUAGGUUUUAUUGAAACGAGUCGGUUCGCCUUCGUUCACACGUCAGUCAAUCGACUCGUUCCCCGUGUUACCAAUAGAAACUUCAAAGCUUUUGUUGUUUUAGGUUGUUGGGGUUUUUUUUUUUUUUGCUCUGACGGGUGCCAUUUCUUUUUCUCACAGGUAAAACAGCAGGGUGAUAUUUAAGAUGACAGAUUAAAGGCGACGUCAUUUGUUUUUGAAAGUCAUGUUUCCUAUACGUGGGAUGAAAUUUACACUGUAUCUCCACAGAGCAUGAAGUAAAUGUCUAAAAUAAUAAUAAUAAUAAUAAUAAUAAAAUGUAAACAAAACCAGUUUUUUAGAGGGGGUCGUUGGGAAAUUGUUGCCAUAUGGCAACAAUGUGCAAUGGUGGAAAGUAUGAACGAGCAUGAAGUAAACAUAUCACCUUAUUAAAUGAAACUUUAUUUAUUUUUUUUAAAUCGUUUUUUUUAAACAUGCAUUAACUAUUUACAAAUAUUCUGGGCAACAGUCCAACUUUGUUUGAUUUUGUGUGGUUUUUUUUUGCAAGGGUGCUUUUCUGCAUUUUGCUCGUAAACCUCUACUGCAUGAAUUAUUACAUUUACAUAAAAAAAAAGUUGUUUUGGAUUUUUUUAAUUAGUUCAAGUAAUUAAAAUAUCAUUUUAACAUUUUUUUAAAAAAAUGUUUUAGUUGGGAAAUUGUUGCCGUACGGCAACAAUGUGCAACGGUGGAAAGUAUCAUACAGUCAGAAAUAACACAAUAUGUAUGAGAUUACAAUUACUGCAUUCUCCAGAAUAUUCGUUGAUUUUAUUCACUUAAAAUACAUUUUUAAAAAAAUAAAAAAUUAGAUCCAAACGUGUUUUGGGUGAAGAAAU